AUGUUCAAUUCCUCUACAGAUUGGGGCCUCUGCUAUCAAAGAACUCUCUAUUGUCCUCCCUCUCACUCACUUACUCUCUCUCUCUCUCUCUCUCUCUCUCUCUCUCUCUCUCUCUCUGGAUUUUUUCGUUUUUUUUACAUAUAUUUUUAUCGCGUUCAUAUUUUCAUAUCUUACUUUCUUGUGUUGUCUUCUUUCUUUUUUCUUUCUUUCUGUUUUUCUUUUUCUUUCCUCUCUUUCUUUCUUUUAAUGUCUCUUGUUUCUUUCUUUUUCUUUUUUCUUUCCUUCUUUUAUUUUGUCUCUUUAUUUUCUUUGUUCUUUCUUUCUUUUUUUCUUUCAUUCUUUUUUCGAAACUUAAUGUUUGUUUUUCGCGUUUCUUACUUUCCUAUCUAUCUGUUUCCAUUUCCUUCCAUUUUGUCUUCAUGGCUGACUUUUUCUUCCUCUUUGUUUUUUCUUAAUUUCUCGUUCUUUAUUUUAUUUUCUCUCUUUCUUUUCUUUCUGUCUUUUCGUUCUUUCUUUCUUUCUUUCUUUCUUUCUUUCUUUCUUUCUUUCUUUCUUAACUUAAUUUUUUUUUCUCUCCUAUAUCAGGUACAUAGCUCUCCUCUUCCUACCUACCCCAGGCGCCUUUCUUUCUUUCUUUCUUUCUUUCUUUCUUUCUUUCUUUCUUUCUUUGUCCACUUAUCUAUCUAUCUAUCUAUCUAUCUAUCUAUCUAUCUAUCUAUGUUCACUAUCUAUCUUUCUACACACACACACACAUGUGUGUGUGUGUGUGUCUUCAUAUCUAUCUAUCUGUAUAUAUAUGUUCAUUAUCUAUCUAUCUAUCUAUCUAUCUAUCUAUCUAUCUAUCUAUCUCAGACUUUGCCUAUAACCAUCUCUCCGCCUCUCUUUCCCUAUCUAUUACAGUUUUCUUAUUUCUCUCUACUUUAUACUAAUCUAUCUAUCUAUCUAUCUCUGUUCACUAUCUAUCUAUCUAUCUUUGUACAGACACACACAUGUGUGUGUGUGUUCAUUCUAUCUAUCUAUCUAUCUAUCUAUCUAUCUAUCUAUCUAUCUAUCUCAGACUUUGCCUAUAACCUCUAUCUCUCACUGUUUCUUUCUAUUUAUCUAUCAUGA